UUUGAUAUUCCAUAUGCAGGUGAAUGUGUUAAAUUUUUACAGUUUCAAGCUAAAAGUUUAGGAUUACCGUCAAAAAUUCACUACAUGGCACCAAAAAAACCAGUGGUUAUUAUUACAUUACAAGGAAAAAAACCUGAGUUACAAUCUCUGUUGCUUACAUCGCAUAUGGAUGUCGUACCAGUUUAUCCAGAAAAGUGGACAUAUGACCCAUUUUCGGCUUACAAAGAUGCACAAGGAAACAUAUUCGCUAGAGGAGCACAAGAUAUGAAAUGCGUCGGUAUACAAUACUUAGAAACAUUAAGAAGAUACAAAAAUAAUAAUUUAAUUCUUGAUAGGACCAUCCACGUUUCAUUCAUGCCUGAUGAAGAAAUCGGAGGAAUUUUAGGUAUGGCCCAUUUUGUUAAGACUGAUGAAUUCCGUUCUUUGAAUGUUGGAUUUACAUUAGAUGAAGGUUUGGCAAGCCUAGACAAUGUUAUCCCUUUAUAUCACGGCGAAAGAACAAUUUGGCAAUUCUACAUUCGAAGCACUGGCACUCCUGGUCACGCCUCACUACUUCACGAUAAUACUGCUGCUGAAAAAUUGAUGUUCGUUGUAAAUAAAAUAUUGGACUGGAGGACGAAGGAAAAGUUAAAAUUGUCCYAAGGCAUGGAUAUUGGAGAAGUUACAUCUGUGAAUAUGACAAUGUUGGAUGGUGGAUGUCAACUAAACGUUGUACCCCCAGAGCUGUCUGCUGGAUUCGAUGUUCGGUUGGCUAUAGGCACAGAUAGACGUGCGAUGGAGGAUAUCAUAACUGGGUGGUGUCACGAAGCAGGCGAGGGUAUACGAUUGGAAGUCUUCAAAACAAAUGAACAGACCACACCGACUAAACKAGAUGAUUCAAACCCUUGGUGGUUAAAAUUUAAGAGGGAAUGCGAUAAAUUGUACGUUUAG